UGGACGUAAUUUUAAAUCUGAAACCUUUAGAUUUUUUUUAUAUUUCUUUUUUCGAGUGCUUUCAUUUUAAACCAUGUAUUCCAAUUCUUGUUUAAUAAACUGACCGCUCCUGGUUUCUGGGGUAGAAGGGUGACAACUAAACUUUAGAAGAACAUAUAUUUAAAUCUGAAUUUGUGCGCGGAAGUGAUAUUCAUGAUUUCGAGAAAAUUUAUAUUAAUUUUUAUAUGUUGCUUUUAGCUAAGGAACAUAUCAGUUCUUCUUUGAAUAUUCUUAACAUGUGGUUUAAAGAUGAGGUAGUUUUACCGAGGUUUGUUAAAAGUUUCUUUUGGAUGAUUGUUAUACAAGAAAUUUAUAUUGGUGCUCUAACACUGCUCCUUCUAGUAGAUUUGUCUGGUUAUCCCAUAUCUGGAUUUAUUGGCUGGUUGCUAGGUUUCUUUCAUUGGAAAACGUUUUUGUAUCAACUAAUACUUAGUUUAACAACAGUAGCAUUUGGUUUAUUGAAUAUGCGAUUCUAUACUGUGGAAAAACAUAUAAGUUCUACAAGAUUUGAAAAAAUUUGUAAGUCUUUGAGUCCACACUGUUUGCAGCACUUUUUUGCAACAGCAGUACUUGGAGGCAUUGUUGCUUAUUACUGCAAUGCAGUUUUUUAUAAUUUUUAUAUACAGCAUAAAACUUUCAUUGGAUCAUGCUUUGUUCUAGAUAAUGAUUUUGAAAACUACUUUGUAUAUGGUCAUGGCUGUUACUCAGGAAUCAUGUUCAGUUUGAAGUACUUCAUCUGCAAUCUGUAUUUAGUGAAAUUUACUCUUGAACAGGAGUCAAAAGUUCAACAGAUCACAUCACGCAUAACUGAAUUGUUAAAAGACUCUGUUACUUGUGUUUUAAAAUCAAUUCAUUGGUACUACCUUUUAUUUAUUAUUUUCAGGCCAUUCUUACAAAAUAUUUUCUCUGUAGUAGGUGUACAAAUGAGCUCAAGUGAAUAUCUGAUAUAUAGUUUGAUCCAACCAAAGUUAUUUUUGAUAUCCUUGAUUACUGGAGUUGUAAUUUUUUUUAACUGGAGCCUUUAUUUGUGCAUAUUCAAUGCAUGUGCAGCAGAACGAUAUGUGUUUGCAAUAGAUGCUCCUGUAAAAGGUGACAGAAAGCUGUUGAGCAAAGAACUGACAUGUUCUGAUUUUGAUCUACUAAGGUAUUUAGCAGUUUUAGAUCUACGACUGUUAGCACAGUAUGAUUCCAAAAGAAGGCAACAAAUUUUUGCCAUUAGUCAUCCUGGUGGACAUGCUCAUAAUUGGAGAGCUUUGUCAGACAUCUGCAUCUCUUCUGUUCAGAAUUUUGUAUAUAAAUUAAAUGAGUAUUCAGUGAUAGCUGCUGCAAGUGAAUCAAAAAUUAUCCCUCCUAAAGGACUUACGACAAUUCAGGAGAAAAUUAAAAAUCUGACUUCUGAAAAACAACUGCCAAGUUUUUCAGAUCAGGUGUUCUUGUAUUUUCGUAAAAAGGCUGCUGUGGCAUAUUUUUUUGAUGAGUUGCCCAACACCAAAUUAAUGAAAUUAUUUGCUUCUUCUGAACCUCUAAUCUGGAUUAUUGAAGCUCUUGGAUUUUUGGUAACUGCCUCCUAUACUGAAGAUAAAUAUGGAGUUGUCCAAAAAUCUUUAUCCAAAAUUAUAUGUUUGUUUUUGGAUUUGAAAAUGGCUGAAGAAAAAUUACCCAUAGGAUUAGUAGGAAUUCGAACUUAUAUUCGUGAUCCACAAGGUCGUUACGACCAUAUACACCAACGCCUUAAUCUGAAGACAGCUGUAAAUAAUUCAUUGCACAGAAUUGCCAUUACUUUUAAAUAUGAUAUCAACGGAAUUUACAUUCCAGAAGAAUAUCACAGGCAUUUUAAAAGAUAUCUUGAUCAUAAAAAUACAUGAAGUAAUUGUUUUUGACAUGGAGAAUAGUUUUAUGAAGUGCCAGUCAAGUUUGUUUUAUAAAAUUGAAUUGUUUUUACCAAUAAAGAUAAUUUUAAUAAAACUUGACAGUUUUCUGCAAAUUUUCAAAGCAGCAUGGAUCUCAAGUUUCAUUAUAUCUUCUAUUUCAAAGUUUUCUUAAUUAGUUACUUCAUCGAAGAUUUCCUUAGAAAAUCAGCUGUGCCUGAAUUUCUGCAGGAAACAUUUUAAUAUUCUGUAAUUCAUAGUCAUGCAAAGAGCACAUUUUUUCUUCUGUUGGAUUAUUUUAUAUAAGUAGAGCUGUGAUAUGGAUUUUAGAAAAAAAAAAUUUUGUAUUUAUAUUUUUUCUUAUACUGUGUAUCAUAUACAGUUAUGGCUGUUUCUGAUCUGUGAUUAAUAAAAUUUUAUUUAAAUUUGCUUUAUAAA